AUGGGGGCCCAGCAGGCGAAGGAGCGUGGCUCAGCCAGUGGAGCUUCUAUAAGAUCGGCUCGAAACAAGCCGCGGGUGCCAAAGGAUCCUCGCGUUCUUGGCUCAAACAUUUUCACGGAACAUAGUGAAGCCCUUUUGCAAAGCCGUCCGCUUCCCCAUAUACCAGACCUACCAGAUGGAGAGGCGACCGCACCGGCGUUACCACAACCGCUGGACUCGGCUAACAGAUGGACUUCAAAGGAAAACCUUUUGGCACAUCACGAAGAAGACGACCCGCAGCUGUUCGUCGCGCUUUACGACUUUCAAGCGGGAGGCGAAAAUCAGCUGAGCCUAAAGAAAGGCGAACAGGUGCGCAUAAUGAGUUACAACAAGAGUGGCGAAUGGUGCGAAGCGCACACACUCGGCGGUGGUGUGGGCUGGGUACCAAGUAACUACGUCACACCAGUUAACUCCCUGGAGAAGCACUCGUGGUACCACGGCCCGAUUGCUCGGAACGCGGCCGAAUAUCUGCUGUCCUCGGGUAUCAACGGGAGCUUUCUAGUUCGCGAGUCCGAGUCGAGUCCAGGUCAACGAAGUAUUUCAUUGAGAUACGAGGGCCGAGUUUAUCAUUACCGCAUCAACGAGGACUCGGAUGGCAAGGUAUACGUCACAUCCGAAUCAAAGUUCGGCACUUUGGCUGAGCUGGUUCAUCACCACUCCGUGCUGGGCGACGGUCUUAUCACCCAGCUCCUCUACCCAGCGCCAAAGCGCAACAAGCCGACCGUAUUCCCCCUCGCUCCACCUGACGAGUGGGAGAUCGACCGCACAGAUAUUGUGAUGAAACACAAGCUCGGAGGUGGACAGUACGGCGACGUGUACGAAGCGGCGUGGAAACGUUGUAAUAUGACCGUCGCUGUAAAGACGCUAAAGGACGACACAAUGGCGCUCAAAGACUUCCUCGAAGAGGCCGCCAUCAUGAAGGAGAUGAGACACCCGAACCUGGUGCAACUCCUGGGCGUAUGCACCCGUGAACCACCCUUCUACAUCAUCACUGAGUUCAUGAGCAGGGGAAAUCUUUUGGACUACUUGCGCACGGGCAAUAGAGAUCACAUUGAUGCCGUCGUGCUUAUGUACAUGGCGACACAAAUCGCUUCUGGGAUGAGCUACCUGGAGAGUCGUUCGUUUAUACACAGGGACCUAGCCGCCCGUAACUGUCUCGUCGGAGAGAACCACCUGGUAAAAGUGGCCGAUUUCGGUCUCGCGAGACUAAUGCGAGACGACACAUACACCGCUCACGCCGGAGCGAAGUUUCCCAUCAAAUGGACAGCGCCCGAGGGCCUGGCGUACAACACCUUCAGUACGAAGUCAGAUGUGUGGGCGUUUGGUAUCCUUCUAUGGGAAAUAGCGACCUACGGAAUGUCCCCGUACCCCGGCGUGGACCUGGCCGAUGUCUACCAUAUGCUGGAAAAGGGCUACCGCAUGGAGUGCCCCCCCGGCUGCCCAGCUGCUGUUUACGAGCUGAUGCGUGGCUGUUGGCAAUGGAACGCCUCAGACCGGCCAUCCUUCCGCGAGAUCCACCACGCUCUAGAGCACAUGUUCCAGGACAACUCGAUCACUGAAGAAGUGGAAAAGCAACUACAGGAGGGAUGCACGGGCACGCCACAGAUGUCCCUCAAGAAGGCUGCCAGUAUGGGUGCGUCCUCGGCCCCCGCGGACCGCGGUGUUCAAAUGCGUCGCCCUACUAACAGACGCGGGAAACAAGCCCCGCAGCCGCCUAAGCGUACCAGUUUGCUGUCGUCGUGCAGCUCGUUCCGAGAGUCACAGUACGCUGCCGAGGAGCACGCCCACGACGAUGGGCUAGCUUCUCUCAACGGUGGGGGUCGUGUCGGUGCUCGCGAGGCGUCGUCAGAGGGGUCGUUGGCGGAGGCGACCCCAGAUACUGACGAGUCUGCGGGCGCUGUCGGCAUGAGCUUGGGCGCGGCCGAGCAUCGACACAGGCCUAAGCGACGCCACCAUGCGCACGCGCCGUCUCAUCAGCAUCAAGCGUCGCACGACGUUCCCAAGCAGGGGGUGCAAGUAGCGGCGCUCGAAGUACAAAACGUGAAGCGUGCAAUCAAUCGCUACGGCACUCUGCCCAAGGGCGCCCGGAUUGGCGCCUAUUUGGAGUCACUGCGACAGAGUGGCGCCCCAUGCGCCCCGAGCACCCCUCGCGAACCCCCACAGGAUGAAGCUAGAUCUUUGUCCCCGAGAACAGCCAGGGCUCAACCCCACAUGAUCCGAUCUAAUUCAUCGGGGGGCGUCACAGCCCCAGCGCCUGCGUCGCCACGUGCCUCGCGCGCUGCCCCGCCCCUCCGAUCAUUCACUAACAGUCCAGUAAAACCCCGGCCCCGACUCGCGGAAUUAGAAUUCCCUCCUCCUCCGCCGGACCUCCCCCCUCCGCCCGAGGACACGAUGCAGCCCCCGCCACCGCCUCCUCCGCCGGAUUGCUGUCACGCUGGUACAGAUACCGCAGACAGACUAGAGACUCCGUGCGAAUUGACAGAAGAAAAACCAGCCAAACAAAUCAUGAAAGAAAUGCUUGAACUCAAACUUGUCGCCGAAAUUAAAGAACGCGCCGACAAAAAGAAACAAAAACUCAAAGACUCACCUCCACACGAAAUUCUCGAAAUGCACACUUCCUUCGGCGAUCCAGUCACGCGCCUGGUCUCCGAAUUGUCGGAGAGUCUCAACAUGGAAGCGUUGCGCAAGGCAGACAAGAAGGAGACGAAACCCACCGAAGGAAAGGAGAAGGUCUCUCCGAUCGAUCUCAAAGCGAGUCUCAGGAAGACAUCAUAUAACAACAACAUAGACAAGAAGCUUGGCAUCGACACCAAGACGAACACCGAUUUCAAAUCGCAACUAAAAAAGGUCGAGACGAACAAAGCGAACGCGAAAGAGGCCGACGAAUCUGGCCGGUCGAUAAUAGACUUCAAGUCUCGACUGCGGAAAGUCGACAGCAAUUUGCCAGCGACGAAUGGACAGGUUAAGAAGGUCGAGUAUUCGCCGGAAGAUUCUAGAAAGGACCUCUCAAGCAAGAGCGACGAUUCGGAUAAAAAGAGAUCGGAGAGCGGGUCCCUGGACACGAGCGGUGGUGAUGAAGACGAUAAGCGCAGAAGCACAGGCAGUAUAAGCAGCCUCAAGAAGCUUUGGGAGAACAAAGAAUCAGAUGAACGUUUAAGUCCAAAAAUGAAGCCGAAGGGAGACGAGAGUGAAGAUGGAUCACCUGAAGAUAGAUCGGGUCUAGGUCGCAGCGGAAGCCUGCAGGUCCGACGUGAUGAUAAGCCGGCCGUUGCCAAUAAGCCGUCGAUUCGCGGCCGGCCGUUGGGCAAGAGCGGUAUUUAUGCUACUCCGCUAGCCGCGAAUAUGGAUAACGAGGAAAAUGACGCACUCGCCGCAUUGCGAGUUUCUUUGGAAUGUUGUACAAAUGAGGUGCGUCGCGGCUGUGGUGGUAGCGGCGGCCGCGGUUCUCUCUGGCGUCUGCAGACUUCAGAGCGGCUUGCGCGUCUAAGUGCCGCCUGCACAUCCGCGGCGGGAGCGAGUCGAUGCGCGCCGCAGAUGCGCGUCCAGCUACGUGCGGCUGCGACCCGCCUGGAAAAUGAGGCACGCGCCCUCGCUUCACCAGCUCCCCACAGCCAUCAUCUUGCUGAUGGUGUUGAACAGGCGCUAAGAGAUCUCGCUAAUAUAGUGCAUAGAUAA